AUGUCUCGCAAAGGCACAGACGAGCCGUUAAAUGUGUAUUACGACAAUAUCAAUACUAUAAUGCUGUGCCAAGCGGACAGAGAGCACGUGAAAGAGCAGCUACGACAGCAGCAGCAGACGUGGGACGAUAGACAGUCUACAGGCAGUUGUUCUACUUCUGGGAAACUUCAAAUCUGGAGCAUUGGCAAGCUCCUGCGUGUCGUCAAGGCAUCGAUUUCCGCUGAAAACCCUCACGCGACUUUGGCUCACAAUGGUAUUAUUCGCUACCCUGUUGGUUGUGUGAACCAGCAUCGGGUAGCAUUCCAAAGUCCAGCAAUGCUGGACGUUGUGACGUAUACGUCAAGUCACGUGUGGGUUACAGGUUUUAUCCAUUUUGGAGAAGAAGUCGACAAUUGCGACAUUUUGUACUUGUGCGACAGCCAUUCGAAGCUGCCGAGUUACCUAUUGGACCCGAGCCCAUUCUUAGUGGAUCGGUUGGUACUAGUGAAACACUGGGUUUUAGUAGACAAAGCUUUUGGUGGCGUGUGCACCGCUGGAUCAAUGUUUCUCGAAAUCCACGACCGGGAACCAGUGCCGUUACUACCCAUGCAUGAGAUGUACGAGGACUGGACACAAGAAGAUGUACGACGUGUGCUCAAAGCAAGCUACGAGUCCAUGGAUCCACCGAUGUACUCGAGCACUGAGCGUUGGGCCACGAUUGCAGCACUUUGGCGGGGAAGCGCAGCUCACCAGGAUACAGCACAAUGUACGGCUACAAUUGGCGAAGUGACGACUGCAAGACAGAAGAAAAGGCAGAAACCUGUUUAUGCAGUCUACGGUCGUAUCACAAGCGUGAGUUCGAUUUCGCGCCAAAAGGACCGUGUGAGCAGCCACUUUUUUGUAGAGGUGGAAGACCUUCAGCGUUGUAGUGAAUCGGAGACGCAAAGCGCUGUCAACGUGAUGUUCACCGGAGUAUACAGCAUGCGCUGGCACUUAUUCUUGCGCCCAGGAAAAACCGUUCUGCUUACUGACUUGGUGAGAGUGCUUUCCCGAGAGUGCGACAUGUUCUUGCUCCAAGCAACCCAUGCACACCCACCUCACCACAAUUUGGAGCCAAUGAAGGGAACCACAGUACUAUUGUGGGAUCCGCCAGCUUUCUCGCGCGACAUCAAGUUAAAGUGGAUUGACGAGUCGCUGAAAACAUGCUCGAUGGAUCAUGCUUUACGCUGCACCGGAAAGCUCUUAGAUUACGAAGGCAAAGUGAUCCGAUUGUUAUGGGAUGAGUGCAUUGAACUAGAAGGAUCCAGUGGAACGCGAAUAAUCGUUUCGCUCUUUCACUUUCCGUUUGAGGAAGAAUUGAUUCGCCUUCGCAAAGGUGGAAGCGUCCGGGUCUGUGGUGCGCACGUUGUCCGGUGGCCAACACCGGCUGGUGGUAAACUGGUGAUUGGAUUAUGCCCGAGAAGCCACUUUGCUGUCGUGGCUUACGCUGACCCGAGUAGUCCAUGUAUUUUUACGGGUACCCGUUCGUGUCGAAGCAGAACAAACGGGAAAUGGUCUUAUUUUGGAGACGUCCAUACUCAAUCUAUGGUGCUGUCCAUGUGGCUUCUAGAGCUUCUGGAAGUAGUGGACAAGCAGUUCUUCUUUGGAGAAGUCGAGCAAGUGCGAUUCCAAUCUUCGGCAUUGUCAUUUCCACGGACUCGACGCCGUCGAGCGGUAGCUCAAGUAGCAAAGACACUGUGCUUAUUGCCGAGUGAGCCCCGAAAUCCAGCAGCUAUGACCCUCAGUGCUCUCUUCUUGAAAUGCCACUCCGCAAACGCAGAAAAUUGCAUUGCUUUAUCCCUCCCUCACCGUGAAAGUAUAUUGACGUGGAGCAAGGCAUUAACAAUACGUGAGCUGCAAGCUUUUGCUGAGAGCGUCUCUGACCACACAACUGCAGCUGUGUCUGACGUUGUGGGAAAACAUGGUGAACAUCGAUCCAUGCGUAUCUCGGCUAAGGAUCUUAGUUGGUGCCUUCUUCUUGCUGGAAUUCGAGGAAGUGUUGAUGACGGGGACCUAGAAGUUUAUGAUCGCACUGGUUCCAUUUCCAUGAUAUUAGAUUGUAGUGAGAAGGGUAUGGAUUUCGUCAGUGGUCGUGGCGUGUACUUGAUGCGUAAUUUUGACAUAACGAUCGAUGUUUACAAUCGACUCGGUGAUGACCAGUUUCCAGUGGUGCUGUGCAUAAGGUGCUCGGUGGCUGACGUCGUGUUUGUUGAGAUCAAUGAUGACGAACCUGUGGGCUUACAUCGAGAAGUAAGUACUGCACGUGAUGAAGCGCACAAACUGCAGGAAGCGCUGUUUUUUGUCAGCCAUAUUGACGCUUUACCGCGGUCCAGUAUUCGGUCGUCGGAACUCUUACCAGAAUAUCGACUUUUUCAUGGCAUAGUGUGUCCAAUUGGUGAAAGCCUUCAACCAGAUUGCUUUAUGAGGUCACUGUGUACUGCUAACAUUUUGGUCAGCUCACAAAGUAGUCACUGGUACCUUCAGAAAGGAGGUUGCUAUCGAGUACGAGCACUUGAAGUCCGCAAAAGCGGUGGACAGCGCGUCUCUUCUCAUCACGGCAUUGAAGACCUGGCAGUGGAAGCAUCGAUUAACUACUGGGAGAAAGUGGUAGUAGCUGACAACGACAAGCUCUUGUGUUUCGAUUCUCUACGUCGAUUUCGUUGCCAAAGUAUUGGCACACCCAUGAACCGGGAGCGUUUAUUUCGAGUGUAUCAAGUGGGUGCUCAUCCAAUUGUUCCAGUAAGACUGGAAUGUAUCGAGUGCGCACGUUGCAAAGUGCAUGACCUGUGCCAGCAAGCUGAUGUUGAUGAUAGCGGUUUCAUAGUAGCUGGUGUGAACAAUGGUUCCCAUGACGCGAUAGUAUCAAGGACCGCAAAAGCUCAACAUCUUGUACGAAGAAUGCCGAUCAAAGCCACUGCUUCUCAAGUCAUGGCGAUGAGCAUUUUUAGGUACUUUCUCGAGCAGUCAGAGGAAGUAGUUUCAGUCUCUAGCCUGCUGCAACAACCGCUGUCGUGUGGAUUGCAACAGUCCAUUGGCAAUGGUAACAGUGUUGAAGAGCAGCCAGUUGCAACGACACUGGACCCGAGUCUACACAAGCCUCAUCUUGUAUCCGUGAAAGGGAUGAUUACGAAGAAAAGGUACUACUGGCGAUCCAACGGACAGCAUCAGCCACUUGCUAGUACAGGGCCAAGUAGUCUGGAGUGUGUUUGGCAUUGCCACAGGAGUGUUGCUCAAGGCUCCAGUGGGCGAUGGAUUUGUGUCCUGUCUGUUCGCGAUCUGCAGCAUCUGGAUUCUGUUGAAGUCCGUGCGGAUACGUCACUCUUUGGUUUGCUGGGCACGUUACAGCUAGGCAAUGUCGUAGAAAUCUCAAGACUGCAUGGAUUUACUGCACGGGCGAGCUACAAGGUUCAUCUGAAGUGGAGUCACUCGACAGCAGCUCGACGACUACUUUCGGAAAGCGAUUGCUUAUUGGUGCCAUGCGAUGCAGAACUCUUUGGCUCUUUAAGAACGACGUUUCUCAAUGGUCUCUACAACGCUUCAACCAUCGACCAAAUGCUGCACCGUUAUGUGGUUGGAGUGAUGCAUAUGAGCUACAUGGUGCUGAAGCGGAAAUGCAGCUUGUGUCAUCAGACGUUGCAGCUCGAUAAACGUCGCGGGUGCUGGAAACAUGAAGAGUCACGAGUGGAGUCGCAAUCAUUGCUCGCCUGUGCGUGGCGGUGGCAACAAUUGGCGCCAUCGGACGAUGCAAUUAGAGCUCGGACGUACGUGGGAACAACGGUGCGUUGUAUCAUUGACGAUGGCUCUGGUCAAGCAGAGUUGUUCUUGGAAGACGACGUUGCGUGGGAGCUGCUCGAGUGUUCAGAUGGCCAGCGUCGGCGCUUUGAAGACGUUGUGCGGAACUACGUGAGUCAGCUGAGCUACUUUUCUGGUCGCUCUGCGACUGCAUCAUUUGCAACGAGCAAAGCAGAGCGAGAGCAGGAGUACUACCAGAACGAAUUGCGGGCUUUUGUGCUGGAUGCAAUGCCGUCACUGAGGUCCAUUGUGGUGUUUGCCCGGCAGUUUUUCAGUGCAAAGCCGAAAACAAACACAUCGGUGCUCACGUUUGGCAAGGACGUCCACAUCACGACGUGGACGAUGGCAUUGCCGAAGUUAGAGGCCAGACGUGUCGAUCGAGUUCAUGUUCGAGACGAGUUGAAGCGACGUCUCGCACAGCUUCAAGAAGAACUUGGUGAUUGA